CUUACUUUUAACGUAUACGGCUCCUAGCAGAAUCUGAGUUUAGACAUUAAGUAGAUGUUAUCAAACUCUGGAAAUGAAAGAGAUAUCAACUAGCUUUCUUUCCAUAUGGCAUCCAACAAUAUCCUCCUCCUCUUGUUAAUGUUUCUUCUUCUACAUUUUCACUGUUCUAACCCUCAGAGUUGGAUCAAAGCUGGUUAUUGGUAUGCUGGUAGUGAAUCCCCCAUUCCUGACCUGAAUUCUGCCUUGUUUACCCACCUUAUAUGCGCUUUUGCUGAUGUCAACUCCUCCACCUACCGGCUUUCCAUCCCCUCAGCUUUUGAACAGUACUUCUCCAUCUUCACCAACACUGUCAAACGCAAGAACCCAUCGGUUGUCACGCUUCUAUCUAUAUGGAAUGGACAAGCUGCAACGGCUCAAUCCAUCUUGGGUGAGAAAGUCAACACUUCAGUAUUGUCUUCAAUGCUCAACCGACCUUCUUACAGAAAGUCUUUCAUUGAAUCUUCAAUAAAAACAGCAAGGAAAUAUGAGUUUCAAGGCAUAGACUUGUUCUGGCUUUGGCCUAACAACGCCUCAGACAUGACCAACAUGGGAAUUCUGCUCGAUGAGUGGCGUGCUGAAGUAAAUUCUGAGUCAAGAAAGCCGGGCCAAGCACAAUUGAUAUUGACAAUGGCCCUUCGUUACUUGCCAACUUUUGAAUUUGGGAGUUACCCGAUUGAAUCCAUACAGAGAAAUAUGGACUGGGGACAUGUCGUGGCAUAUGACUAUCACCUGCCUUCAAAGGAGAACUUCACACAUUUCCAUGCUGCUUUAUAUGAUCCUUCAAGCCAUGUUAACACUGAUUAUGGCAUAAGAGAGUGGUUGGGUAAAGGAUUUCCCUCAAACAAGUUGCUUUUGGGUUUGGCUUACCAUGGUUACGCUUGGGCUCUUGCAAAUCCCGAAGAAAAUGAUAUUGGUGCACCAUCAACAGGGGUGGCCGAAACACAAGAUGGAAGCAUGAGUUACAAGUACAUCAAGGGGUACAUUCGAAGUUAUGGUGCAACAACAAUUUUCAAUUCUACUUAUGUUGUGAAUUACUGCAUUAUUGGAUCCACUUGGAUCAAUUUCGAUGAUGUGGAGGCUAUAAGAGCUAAGAUUGGUUAUGUGAAGGAGAAGAAGCUACUUGGUUACAAUGUGUUUCAGCUCAGCAAUGAUGACAAUUGGGUGCUUUCCCUAGCAGCUCAAGAGAAAGAAGAUGGCGAAGAAAACAAGAGAAGGCUAUUGUUAAUAAUUCUUCUUCCAAUAGCUUUGGUCAUUGUCCUUCUGGCCUUCAUGAUAUGUUACCUACGAGGCAGAGUACUGAAGUCAAAAGUUAUGAUUCUUUUAGGCAAAAGAGAUUCUGGACCAACCAAUCCAUCAGCUUCUGAAAAUCCGGACCACAAUGCUCCUAAUCUGCAAGUAUUCAGCUUUUCCAGUAUCAAAGCUGCUACAAAUAACUUCUCAAGUGCAAAUAAGCUUGGACAGGGUGGUUUUGGCCCUGUUUACAAGGGUAAAUUAUCAAGAGGACAGGAAAUAGCAGUUAAGAGACUUUCAAAAACUUCUACUCAAGGACAUGAAGAGUUCACAAAUGAGGUUUCCCUUACCGCAAGACUUCAACAUAUAAAUCUAGCUAGAGUUCUGGGAUAUUGCUUAGAGAGAGAAGAAAAGAUGUUGAUCUAUGAGUGGAUGCCAAACAAAAGUUUGGAUUACUACCUCUUUGAUCCAAUCAGAAGGAAUCACUUAGGUUGGCCAAAGCGUGUUCACAUCAUUGAAGGGGUUACUCAAGGGCUUCUAUAUCUCCAAGAAUACUCAAAUUUUACAAUAAUUCACAGAGAUCUCAAAGCUAGCAAUAUUUUACUGGACAGGGACAUGAAUCCAAAGAUAUCAGAUUUCGGAAUGGCUAAGCUUUUCGGAAAGGAUGAACAUGAAGCAAACACAGGCAGGAUUGUUGGAACAUAUGGCUAUGUUCCUCCAGAAUAUGUUAGAAAUGGUAUAUACUCUAUGAAGUAUGAUGUCUAUAGCUUUGGAGUUCUACUUCUGCAACUCAUAAGUGGCAAGAGAAAUGCAUGUUAUUAUGGCCCAAACGAAACUUUAAGCCUUUUAGAAUACGCAUAUGACUUGUGGAAAGAAGAUGAGGGCAUGGAGCUCAUUGAUCCAUCAUUGGAUGAUUCGUCUUCAUCUUGCAAACUCAUGAGAUGCUUGCAAGUUGCUCUAUUAUGCGUCCAAGAAAAUCCAGUGGAUAGACCAACAAUGUUGGAGGUUUAUUCCAUGCUCAAAAAUAAUAUUGGAUCAAUUACUACCCCUAAAAAACCAGCUUUCUCAGCAAAACGUGAUAAAAGUGUGGGGACUGCGAGCACAUCAACAUCACAGCAAAGAAGUUGCUCAGUUAGUGAUACACCAAUUUCAGAAAUAAUACCCCGAUGAUUGGACUGGCUUUGAGGGAGAUAAUACCCCGUUACACGUAUGUUAUAUUUUUAAUAUGGGACUCAAUUUUUUUACACUCACACUUGUAUAUUUAAUAAUCUCCUAUAAGUCUAUCACCACAUGCAUGAUGGAAGGUAAAUUACAAAAAUAGAAUUCAAACUCGAGAGAUAAAUUACAAAACAGGCAUGUUCUUAUCGUGAUCGUGAACUUUAAUUGCUUGCUAGCUGCAGUACUGCUUGAGUUGCAUGCUAAUUAAUCUUGACUUGUUAAACAUUGUAGAUAUGUCUUUGACAUGUUAACACAUGAA